AUGGGCUUCAUUGCAUUGCUCGUGCCUUUCAUCGGUAUCACCACUAUGCUUUGUACUGAGCUAUUGGCCUGCACAAAUCACUUUCACUGCUCGGAUAAUUUUCCAACGUUAUCGUACGCUGCAACGUUCCGACCUGAAGGUUACGUCUUUACGGGGGGCAUGUGCCUUACGGCUAUAUGUAUCUUUGUAUCGAACUCGCUCUUCUUUUGGUAUGUACGUCUACGCAUGAGACAUCAGAAGCAGCAACUUGAAGACAACAGUACCAGGCAAUUAGCACCGGGUUAUGGAUGUCUUGUAUUUGGAGUGAUUUCAGCCAUCUCGCUUUUUGGUCUUGCCAUUAUGGAUAUGCGGACAUAUCAUAAAGCACACGUCAACUUAACCAUUAUUUUUUUCAUCUCGGGAUGGAUCACGAUAAUUGCUAUGCACAAUGUGAGAAGAAACAUUUUGUAUGAAGACGAGAUGAAGAACACCAAUGGAAAAAUGCUCAAAAGUGAUGGUCUUUUAGUAGUACUACGCCGCCGUUCUUUUUGGCUGUCACUACGUCACUGGAAACGAUUGAAUUGCUGUACAGCCUACACUCUUGGUCGUUUCAUGCUCAACACCGGACUGAUAUCUACGUUUCUAUUUGGUGUGUUUUUCCUGUGUGCAAACGGCUUGUGGCCGAAUCCGUUGGGCUUUACUGCUGUGCAAGAGGCUUUCUUUGAAGCACUUGCUAUUGUAUGCCAGCUUCUUUUUAUGGGGACACUUUCGUGCGAGCUGGCACGCCUAGCACGGCUUGUUGAGCACAGUGACUACAUGGACUUAGAGAGAAGUGAAUAG